GUCAUUUACGAAGAGGAACUACAUACAUAUAAAGUAAACAGAAAUAAGCCGAAUUAAUGACGAGCCGUUACAAAAUAUAAUCCUCACCCUGACCUGCAUAGACCGCAAGUACUACUACUACUACAAACAACAACAACAUCACAAAUAACGCAAAGAGAAAACAACUUAAACACAAAGGAGGUAUAAUACAAGUAAGGGAGCCGUUUCAAAGGCAAAUCCUGCCCACUGCCACUACUACAACAAGCCAGGCUUCUCGAGAAGUCUAACAACUAGAGUCUAACAACCAAAUUGAAGAGAAAAUAGCCUAACGUCAUCGCCGUCAGAGCAAGAUGGCGUCUUCUGGGUCAGGCUCCUCGUCGGCAACAGAGUUCAGAAGAAAGUGGGACCGAGAUGAGUAUGAAUCGCUUGCUCAGCAACGUAUACGUGCUGAACGUGAUGUUGCACAAGCUCAGAAUCAGAAGGCCGUUCCCGUGAAACGAGAGUUCUUGAAGCAGAGGGACUACAAAGUAGACAUCGAUUCCAAACUUGGAAAGAGCCAGGUUAUAACAAAAACUACCCCUGCAUCACAGUCUGGAGGAUACUACUGCAAUGUUUGUGAUUGUGUCGUCAAGGACUCUAUAAACUUUCUUGAUCAUAUUAAUGGAAAAAAGCAUCAACGAAAUUUGGGCAUGUCCAUGCGCGUUGAACGUUCAUCAUUGGAACAAGUUAAAAAAAGAUUCGAUGUGAAUAAAAAGAAGUUGGAAGAAAAGAAAAAAGACUACGACAUCGAACAGAGGAUGCAAGAAUUGAAGGAGGAGGAAGAGAAGCUGAAGGAGUACCGGAGAGAAAAACGCAAGGAAAGGAAGCGAAAAGCAGAUUCCUCCAUUGACGAUGACAGCGGUAUGGAUCCAGAGAUGGCCAAAAUAAUGGGUUUCGGAGGAUUUUCUUCAUCCAAAAAAUAGAAUGCAAUACGUACAUAUAUUCCUAUUUCUGUACUCAAAGCAUGAUUUUUGUAGAAUAAAUGAUAUUUUAAAUUUG